UUCCUGCGGACAAUCGCGGAGAUUGCUGGCUGGAGCAGCCGCAAUCUGUGGUGCAAGUGGUGUCUCUCCCGGGAGAAAACGGUCAGCGAUAAGAUGAAGCUUUGCUUAUCAGACAGUUCAGUUCGCCACUCUUACUUUGUCGAUGGUUUGCCAGUAGAAGCCGCAAUGAAGAGCUGUAGACAACUGAUUUCCCGGCUGCUCCCCCUCAGGAAAUCAAGCACACUGGCCCGUGUGAACGCAUCCUCCGGCCAUGUGGAAGUGCAGGAAGAGCAGGGCAGUCCCCUAAAAUACCCACAAGUUUGGCUGAGAGACAACUGUCAGUGUGCCGGGUGCUUCCACUCCGCCACGAGAGCCAGAAAAAGUCACUGGGAGCGUGGACCACUGAAUAUUGGAGUGUCCCAAGUGGGUUUUAACCAGGAGGAGCAGCAGUUAGAGGUCAUCUGGCAGGACAAGCAUCGGAGCACCUUUGACAUCGCUUGGCUGCGGGAAAGGGACUUUGGUGAGGCUGCCAGAAAGCGGUAUUUGCAGGAGGUGUACAAACCACCCGCACAACUCUGGGGAAAGUCGGAUUUUGAGGCUGUGAGGAGAGAAUUCCAAUAUCAGGACGUUCUUCAGCAGAAAGCAGUGCUCAAGGAUUGGCUGGAGGCACUGGCCGUUCAGGGAUUCGCCAUUCUGAAAGGGGCUCCCAACGAUAUCAAUGUGGCCAAGCAUUUGGCCAAAAGGAUCGGAUAUAUCAAGCGCACCACCUACGGCGAUGUUUUUGAGGUGAAAUCGAAACCAAAUGCGGGCAACUACGCCUAUUUGAUGACUCCCCUACCGCUCCACACGGACAUGCCAUAUUACGAAUACAAGGCGGGCAUCAACAUCCUGCACACACUCGUCCAGUCGGAAUCGAAGGGCGGAGCCAACACCCUCACAGAUGGCUUCUAUGUUGCCUCUCAGCUGCAAAAGCAGCAUCCGCAGGACUUUGAAGUACUUAGGUCGGUGCCCGUGAACUGGUUCGACAUUGGACACGAUGGCGAUGACUCCAAGCCCUUCCACAGCCUCUGGAGAGCCCCGGUGAUUUGUCUAGAUGCAGACGGCGGAUUCGCGAGGGUUAAUCAAAACACCACCAAGCGCGACAGUCGCUUUUCAGUUUCCUUGGAACAGGCUGUGUCCUGGUACAAUGCCUAUGACAAAUUCCUGGCUAUUGCCCAAUCCGAGGCCGUGGAGUUUAAGACGCAAGCUGGCGAUGUUUUUGUGUUCAAUAACCUGCGCAUGUUGCACGGAAGAACGGCCUACGAGGAUGCGCCGGGCAACAAACGCCAUUUGGUGGGCGCCUACGUCGACUGGGACAUCAUCUACUCCAAACUGCGAACCCUCAAGUUCCCAAAUGCCAAGGAUUAGGCUCAAAUAAAGCUUACGGGUAAAUUGAGAAGAUCACAUGAGAUCCGUGCUUUUUUUGACUGAGCCACAGGGCGGUGUAAAGGAAAAUUUUAACUCGGCUCUAAGUUGCAAAACGUAGAAUUUGAUUUAAAGAUUUUAUGCAAUUUAAAAAUGUAGUUUUUCUUUUUCAUAUUAUGUUCAAAACAAGGUAAUAAAUUAAAAUGGUCAGUAA